AUAGGAUUUUCCAUAGACUUAACAGUGCUGAACUGCAAGGUGCGCAAAGAGAAGUCCCCUUACGCCGUGUCAGGCGUUUAUUGGAUAGAUCCUGAUGGCGGUUCCCUUAGUAACGCUUUCCAGGUCUACUGCGACCAGCAAACAGAUGGAGGGGGCUGGACAUUACUUUACAGUUACACUUUCACUGCCUACUCAAGCUUCUGGACCGGCCGAAACGCUGUCACCCCGCGCCCAUCUUGGUCAGCUAGCGACGCUAACGUUCGAGUGUCCAAAACAGUUCCACUGAGCGAGACGCAGUAUGAGGCCAUGGACUUUUCUUUGUGGCGCAGCAUUGGCAAGGAAUUCCUGAUCAAGAGCAACAUCAAAAACUGGAUCGCAUGCAAGGAAGGUUCUGGUAGCAUAGUGAAACAGAAGAAGGGGUCACUUUCUUGUAAACUGGUGAAGCAGGUUUCUAACAGUGCAUUUGAACGGUACCAAAAUCUAUGA